AUGUCUCGUGCCCAGGACUCAAGCAGCACUCUUCCUAUCUCGGUUUAUUGCAGGAACUGCCUUGAUGGCUACAGAACCUUAUGUGACGGACUGGGUGCUGUCACUCCCCAGCAGGCUCUCGACAUCGGCUUUGACCGAGGAGCUUCUCAUGACUUCAUGCUAGAUGCUCGAUCACGAUUCAAAGCGUGGGCGGUCAACAUCGCUGCCCUCCAAGGGGCUCAUCUGCAAAGCUCUCUUGACUUUCGACUGAAAGAGGCCCCUGAAAUUCGACAAAGAAUUGUGAAGAUCCUUACAACCUUGAAUGAGUCCCUACAUGAAGCGUUAUUAAUUGUCGACGGGACUGAACCUAAUGAGAAGUGGGACGUUGGUGCCAUCAGUGACUCAGACGAUGAUAAUGCCUCAACUCCAGAAGAGGCAACCCAGACUUCCGAUCUGGAUCAGCUGUUCACGGCGAUUAAGACGGCCAACUCCAGCCUGAUGAAACUUUCCAUGGUAAUCAGAAACUCGCCAGCGCGGGAUGACUAUCUCAAAGCUGCAUCGAGAUAUCAUUUCGAUGCCAGAUAUGACAUUGGUCACGUGAGAGAAAAACAUGGAGCAGCGAAGAGAAGUAGCGACUGGCUGCUCGAACGCUUAGGGAAAGCCAUCACUCGAAGGCGCCAGUAUUUAAAAUAUCGAGAAGAUCACCAUACCAAAUUGUCCAAAGACUGGGGGGAGGAAGCUGCAGCAGAAACCAUUGCAUUGACGAAAUUGACGAAAUUGACGAAAGCGACAACCUAUGUCGGGAAUGAGACGAUGAUCGAGCGGGAUGGAAUAGACCUUGACCAGGGAUCAUUUGGAUCUCAAACCUCUUAUGAACCAACAGUAGCUGGCGAGGCGGUGCACAAGCUGAGCGUGCCUCCUCCUCCAAUCAUGGCAUUUGAAGGUGUUCCAUUUGAGUUCGGGGACCCAUUUCAAUGCCCAUAUUGCUAUAUGGAACAGACUGUAAAGAACAAGGCGGCUUGGAAAAAACAUGUCUUUCGAGAUUUGAAAUCAUAUGUCUGCACCUUCAGAGAGUGUAACCUUAAAAUGUUUCGAAGCCGCAACGAGUGGUUCGCUCACGAAAUCCAGAACCAUAGAAGAGAGUGGGUGUGUAUUUUUUGCCUGGGCUCUUUCACCGACAAACAGAAAUUCUCAGAGCAUCUCCGAUCUAUGCAUAGUAGUGUGGUUGGCGGAUCUCAACUAGAAGCUUUGGUCCUGCAAUGCGAAGAGCCUGUGGACAAGAUACCCGCAUCAAGCUGCCUCCUUUGCGAUGAGUGGGAAUCUAACCUCCUGGAUCCGAAGCAAGACCCAAAGAGGUUAUUUCUCAACGAUGGAGAAAUUGUGGAGCCUUGCGGUACGCUCGUUCAGUUUAGAAGACAUCUCGGACGCCACAUGCAGCAGCUUGCUCUCUUCGCUUUGCCUAUGGCUGAAGAGGACGAGGUGGAGGAUGAUAGCGUGGGAGAA